AGGCCCCUCCCACCUUUCCCUUAGUCCUUUAAAGUUCCCUGCUCAACGUUUCUGUAGCCAGUCUGAGAAGACCAGGGCCACAGCACCAUGCCUAUGACACUGGGUUACUGGAAUGUCCGCGGACUGACACACCCCAUCCGCCUGCUCCUGGAAUACACAGACUCAAGCUAUGAGGAGAAGAGAUACGUCAUGGGGGACGCUCCCAACUUUGACAGAAGCCAGUGGCUGAGUGAGAAAUUCAAUCUGGGACUGGACAUUCCCAAUCUGCCCUACUUAAUUGACGGGUCCCACAAGAUCACCCAGAGCAACGCCAUCCUGCGCUACCUUGGCCGCAAGCACAACCUGUGUGGGGAGACAGAGCAGGAGAGGAUUCGUGUGGACACUUUGGAGAACCAGGUCAUGGACACCCGCAUCCAUCUCAUGAUAGUCUGCUGCAACCCUGACUUUGAGAAGCAGAAGCCAGAGUUCUUGAAGGCCAUCCCCGACAAGAUGAAAAUCUACUCUGAGUUCCUGGGCAAGCGGCCAUGGUUUGCAGGGGACAAGAUCACCUUUGCGGAUUUCCUUGUCUAUGAUGUCCUGGACCAGCACCGUAUGUUUGAGCCCACGUGCCUGGAUGCCUUCCCCAACCUGAAGGACUUUGUGGCCCACUUUGAGCUGGGUCACGCCAUUCGCCUGCUCCUGGAAUACACAGAGACAAGCUACGAAGAGAAGAGAUAUGCCAUGGGGGACGCUCCCGAUUACGACCGAAGUCAGUGGCUGAAUGACAAAUUCAAGCUGGGCCUGGACUUUCCCAAUCUGCCCUACUUAAUUGACGGGUGCCACAAGAUCACUCAGAGCAACGCCAUCCUGCGCUACCUUGGCCGCAAGCACAACCUGUGUGGGGAGACAGAGGAGGAGAGAGUUCGUGUGGACAUUGUGGAGAAACAGGUCAUGGACACCCGCAUUCAGAUGGGCAUGCUCUGCUACAGCCCUGACUUUGAGAAACGGAAGCCAGAGUUCUUGAAGGGCCUCCCAGGUCAGUUGAAGCUCUACUCUGAGUUCCUGGGCAAGAGGCCUUGGUUUGCAGGGGACAAGAUCACCUUUGCGGAUUUCCUAGUCUAUGAUGUCCUGGACCAGCACCGUAUGUUUGAGCCCACGUGUCUGGAUGCCUUCCCCAACCUGGAGGACUUUGUGGCUCGCUUUGAGGUGAAGUCCUGAUCCUCCUUCUUCUUAGAUGGCCUUUCCUUCCCCCUUUCUAGGAUAUUUCUCUAGUCCUGAGGGUUAAAAGAAUAAGAAGGAUCUAUUGAGCCCUGGCUUUUUUGCCAGGAUGCAUGUUCAGCCUCUUAGGUCUUUGAAGUCAAUUUACCAUUGCAACAACAACCUGGAUAGAAUUAGAUGUCCCCUGGACUGAUAAGGGAUCUGAGACUGUAGAGGGCUGUUUGCUCAAGGUCCUAGGAGAAGCUGUUCUGGGCUCCUGGCUGCCUUUGACUUCUAAAGACAGCAUUCAGUGCAUCUCUGAUUUGUGCAAAAGGGAAAGUCAGGCCUUUGUACAGUCUGGGUUUCCUGCCUGGGACCUGUGUCAUGCAGAACAUGUAAAGAAUGUGUUUGUUCCUGCAACCAUUGGGCAGAGACCAAGGCAGAUUGAUGUGUAGAACCAAAGCAUACUCAGUGGUCACACCUGGCCUGCAGAAUGAUAUAGUCAGUCUUGUUUCUGACUAGGGAAGCAGGGUAAUCGCUUCCAGGGAUGAUUUUAUCUUGAAUUCUCUUGGUGGGUGUACUCUUUACUCUUGCCUCCCCAUUUCUUUCAUAUCUUAUGUUCCUCUAUGAAACGAGGUCAUACUUUUAUUUCUAUUCAGUUUCUUUGAUUAUCCUCUGUGUGUG